UCUCCUACUUCCUUUCGUUCUUUAAGGAUAAAUACGUGUUAUUUCUGGUGUGUGACAUUACAGUGAGCAGCGAUGGCAUCUGGUGAGGCAUAGGAGGUGACAAGAACUCAUGUCAGACCUUUGUUUCUAUCCCCAUCUCGACUACUGAAUAAUGGGAGAGGUGACCAGACCAAGGACACCGCUCUUCGCCAACCGCCCUUACAUCGUCGGCUACUCGGGUUACAUCCCCGGCCUAAUGUUCCGCUACGGCAAGACCUUCGGUAAAGCGGCAGAGGAGAGCAUCGCUUUGUACAUCCGGCAACAGGCUGAUCGGCGAAGUAGAGAGGAGGUGAAGCGAUCGAGGUCACUACCCAGACUCAAGCCCAAGAGAACAGAGUCACAGGUGAUCGAGGACUUCUACAGCAAAUACGGAAUCGACGGACGCAGUAACCCCAACUACCCGCCUCUCCCUGGCUACACUGGUUACAUCCCCCAAAUGAAACCCACCGACUUGGGUAUCGGCAGGACCUUCAGCGCCGCCGCCAGGAGAGGCCUCGCCCACGUCACCGUCGCCCGGGAGCAGAGGGAGGCACUGAACCCUCGUCUCCACGUUGCCAUUCCAACUACGCACCAAACCACCGCGCCCUCCUAGUCCAUGUGAAGCGCCAACUACACGCCACGACACCACCACGCCCAACCACAACCACCAUCCACGCCCGCCACCACCACGCCCGCUGCACGAUCCACAAGUAGCCAACCAACACGCCACGCUACUACUACCACCACCUUCCACCACACGUCGUCCGUUUAAUCACCCUUGGAGAGCUGAGACAACAAGCCGCCAUCUUUAGUCUGCCGUUGUACUUGUCUCCAGCGUUUAGUCUCCUGAACAGCUAGACCCAAUACCGUAAAGUCACGUCACUAUAAACUGUCUCUCAUGCUCAAAAAAAAUGCACACACCAAAAAAAAAUAUUUCGCGAUAUCUGUAAGCCGACCACAUAGUGCAGCAAUUACACCCACUAUAGUAAUUCCAAGAUGGUAGUUAUAAUACACUUUAAUCUUCUCACUACCUUCAGAUUACAGCACAAAACAUUACCGCUUCCUCGCCUCAACUUUGUGGACCUGGCAUCAAGUACCACUCUCAAUCCUCGUCAUUAGCGGCAUCACAGCACAAACAUCACCACAGAUAACUCUUAUUUAAUAUCAGUCCACCGCUUUCAGUAACUUCUACACCGGCGACGACCGUACAGUACAGUACACUCGUCACACCUGAUCAACAUUUCAAUGAUUAUCUUUGACAGUUGUAUUUUUACCCAGUAGUAGGCACGCACGCCUCAUUCACUGAACGUAAUACUACCUCUGAGUCUUCAUGUUUUCCAUUCAAAGAAUAAUUACAAGAUCAUUCCCGCCUUGAUCCCUGUAAUCACCUUUGUGAUGCAGUACGCAGUCUUCACAAAAGUCAUAAUAAUAAAGGUAAAUAAACAAACCAUAUAAUGUCAGACAAUAACUGCCAUAUCAAGAAACACGAACCUUCCCCCAAAAAGCAACACAGAUGAGUUACAAGUUAUAUGAAAAAGUGAAUUUUCCUGACAAGCUCAAAGCCCUACAGUGGCCCACCGCCCACAGUGGUCGGCGGUGUACUGCAGCUGACGCCACAUGACUCCACCAACCCACAUGUCUACAUUUUUUCAUAUACUCACAAUCACCUCACGUUUGACUUUUCUGUCAAUAGCUCUCAGCAGCUGGCCGGAUGUUUAGGGCAGGUGAAAAUACUAUCCACAAGUGGCUCUACGUUAGUGGUCCUCAGUAGCUGGUCAGAGAGAGACAGAGGCAGACAGAUGUGACCUGACUGACCUCUUCAUGAUAUCGCUUUGAUUCAUCCUGUAUUUGAUAUCCUGAAGAAGUUUCAACAGCAAUGCGUUUUGUUAUAGAUUAGCGUAUAUAUAUUUUUUUUUUUCUUCUAAUUCCCGAGGCUUUUGUGGAUGCUGUGAUGGUUCUUCUCAGGAGGUACAAGACCUAAGUGAGAGGUAUUCGAGAGUGAGCCAAACGUGGUUAAAGGUACGUCAUGAUUAAUAUUCACCCCAUUCUACUUAGCCGCUGUUGUGUUCCAAAAUGAUGUACUCUGGUAACUGAUGUGUUCAAGAGUGACCCAGUGUGGCCAUUCGUGUGUAUAAGAAUAAUUCAGUGUGGCCAUUAAUGUGUUUAAAAACGAUCAAGUGUGGCCAUUCGUGUGUAUAAGAAUAAUUCAAUGUGGCCAUUUAUGUGUUCAAGAAAUAUCCAAUGUGGCCAUUCGUGUAUAUAAGAAUAACCCAGUGUGGCCAAUUGCGUGGUCAAGAAAGAUCCAGUGUGGCCAUUCCUGUGUAUAAUAAUGACCCAGUGUGGCCAUUUUCGUGUUCAAGAAAAAUUCAAUGUGGCCAUUCGCGUGUAUAAGAAAAAAUUCAAUGUGGCCAUUCACGUGUAUAAGAAAAAUUCAACGUGGCCAUUCGUGUGUAUAAGAAAAAUCCAGUGUGGCCAUUCAUAUGCACAGUACAAGAACAAACCAAGCGUGGCCACUAGUGCGUUAAGAACAAUCCCCACGUAGCCAUAACACUGGUGCUAUGAGAACAAAAAUAAUGAUAAUAAUAAUGAUAAUAAUAAUAGUCCACGCCAUUACACAGACCACCACGGCAUCCACCAAAACAAACACACAUACACAAAAAACAAAAAAACCAAUCCGAUUUACACUGGUUAUUGUUAUCGUCACUAUGAAUGUUUUAUUUAUCUAGACUAGAGAGAUAGAGAUAGAGAAAGAUAUAUAGAGAUAAAGUGAGAUCGAGAUAGAGGGAGUGAGACAUAGAGAAAGAAUGUGAUACAAAGAUAAAGUGAAGUCGAGAAAGAGGGAGAGAGUGAGAUCGAAAUAAAAAAAGUGAUAUAGAGAUACAAAAAAUAUGAGAAAGAGAGAGAGAGAGAGAGAGAGAUAUGUUCUAUUUAUAAAACCAUCUGCAUAGGUUUAAGGUCUCACCUGCUAUCCCUCACGACAGGUGUCUCACGCAGGUAUAAUCAACGCUUAGUACUCACAUACUCACACUUAACUAACUACACUGAGUAAGGCAAGAGAGCUUUUGCACCUAUAUGAUUCUAUUCGCCAUAACAGCCCGAGUUAGUGAUAGUUCAAAGACUUAAUCUAAUGUAUAUAAUGAAUUGGAUUUGUUGAUUUAUAAGCAAAAAUUAAUUUGAUUUUCUUAUCCAUAGAGUGGAUUAGAUUUUCUUAGUUCUAGAGAGUUAAUCUUUUUUACAUUCAUGAAUAGAGAGAAAAUUACUUUCUUUAAUUCGUAAAUAAAGUGUUGGUGUUCAUUCAAAAACGUCCAAAUUCCUCCGUAUCUCUUAAGUAAACAAACUCAAACAUACACAUUUAAGAAAGUUUUGGUGUCGUAGACAAACGCCCGUAUGAACUGUGCUUGCGUAGGGAUGUGACGUCCUAUGUGCUUGCUUUACGAAUGUGAAUUAUUUGUUUGCUUGCUUACGGACGUGAAGUUGUAUUGUGCUUGUUUGUGACGUCUUGAAGUGCUAGUCUCCAAACAUGACAUCAAGUGCUUGUUGGGGGAUGUAACGUAAGCUUGUUUGCGGACAUGACGUCAUUAGGUGCUUGUUUACGUAUGUGACGCCAUUAGGUGCUUGUUUACGUAUGUGACGUCAUUAUAAGGAAUGUCUAAAUUCGAUUUCGUCCCUCAAGAUGCUUCCAACCUGUCUUAGAUAUUACCAAGAUACUUUGCCAAGCUUCUCUACCCUCACAGGAGUCACAGCUAAGGCAGAUCGAUUUUAUUUCUCUUUGGUGAUACUGAGUGCCUUCCCUCCCACCCUCAUCCUUGUUGACACCCCUUGACACCCCACGAUAACCGAUGACACACCCAUGACAACCCAUGACACAAUGUGACACCCAACCAAAUAGCGUGAUACCCCUUGACACCCUACGACAUCCCAGACCCCACCACCCUAUGACCCCUUAUGACACCCCAUGACACCCCUUGACCCCCAUAACACCCCGUGGCACAUCCUGACAUCCUGACUCCCCACAAUACCCCCAUGACACCCCACGACGCCCCAUCAGAUCCCAUGACAUGACCCAUGACCCUCCUCAACAACCGAUUGGCCCACAUGACAUCCGUGACACCCCCAUGACAUCCGUGACACCCCCAUGACAUCCGUGACACCCAACUACAUCCGUGACACGCAUGACACCUAAGUCCCUGUGAUCCCAUGAUACCCCCCGUAAAACUCAGUGGCACGGCAUGACACUUAGAGACACUUCAUGACACUCGUGACAUCCUUGGCCUCCCUCCACCAUGGCUUGCACUUGCUGGCUUAUACUGCUCUUCCUGCCAUGCCUACUUCCUGCCAAUAUAUACAUAUAGUAAGUGUGGACGUUUGUGUAUGUAUGUACGUGUGUGCUUACAUGCGCAUACAUGUGUGUGUGUGUAUGUACAGUAUGUAUGUAUCUAAAAAUACGUUUAAUUAAUCGUCCAAUGCUAACUGGGAGCUUGUAUUAAUUCUGACCCAGCAGAAACUUUCCACCAAAAAUUAGAUAUUUUCUGCCUCUGCAAACUUUGGCAAAUACUGUAUCGGCAAAGUCAGCGACGACUUCAGUUCCAAUAACGAGUAAACGAGAUUUUUUAUCGAUAAUCAAAAAAUCAUAAACAUUUACUAUUUUUUAGAUCCUCAGCGAGUUCUGUUUUUGAAAGAAUUUGUUAUCAGAUCCUAGUACGAAAUUGGAACUCGGAGAUGAUAAAGCCUUUCAUCUC